CCUGCAGUUCACUCUCUCUCGCACCACGCGCACACACACCACUGGCGCACUCAUCUGCUCCCCCACCCGUUUUCUGGGUUUUAGUUAUUAUUAUUAUUUUAUUUUUUUUUCGGCGGGCACGUUCGACACGACCGACGACCACCUGCCACCGACGGGCCCGUCCCGCGGCUGCAGUCGGCUCAAUCGUCCGUCCGCUGUGUGGCGCGCGCUCAUCGGCACACCGUACCGUUGCAGUCGAUAAAAUAAUAAUAUCAUUUACGUAUAGGUACUCGCCGCACCGCACUUCAUCGCAGUGACUUACCAUCAUCGCACUGUAUUAUAGUAUUCAAAAGUAAAAAAAAAAAAAAAAUCGACUAAGCAGAGGAUUGGCGACACAGCGUAUAACAGUCGUACAUAGGUAUCGCAUCCACCUGCAGCAGUCUUCUCGUCUCCCACCGUCCGUCAUCAUGAAGCUCAAAGACGACGGCGCCCAAAUGGACCACCAUCUCAACAUGAUGCUGGAGUUGGUCGAGCGGCUGGAACGGAACAGGUGGUCGGUGGGUUCGGGUGUUCGUCGGUGGCGACCGGACGCCCGGCCGGUGCUGAUGCCGCUCCAGGCCGAACUCCGUACGCUGGAGCUUUGGCGGUCCAUCAUGGCCGAGUGUCUGGCCACGUUCCUGUACGUGGCCGUCGUCUGUGGCGCGGCCACGUCGGACGCUUCUCCGGUACUUGGCGCGGCCGCCGCGUCCGGAUUCACCAUGCUCGCCCUGACCGUGUGCCUGCAAAACGUCUCCGGAGGGCACAUAAAUCCUGCUUUGACCACCGCCAUGCUGAUCACAAGAAGGAUAAGCCCUGUAAGAGCUGUCAUGUUCAUAGCCGCACAAUGUGGCGGUGCAGUAGGAGGCGCGGCGAUAAUCUACAGCGUUUCCGCUCGCAACUACUUCACCAGUCUGUACGACCUGCCAAACAGCAGCACAACCCCGUGGCAGCGUUUCAGCUUAGGCUUGCUACUCAUGUUCUUCAUCGUGUUCACGUAUUACGUGACUAAUAACACGUUUCAUAAAUGGACCGGAACGUCGGCGACGGCAAUAGGAGCAGUGUACUUCGCGUGCGGUCUAGUGGCGAUGCCCUUUAUUAAUCCAGCCUGCGCUUUUGGACCGGCACUUGUGAUGAACCAUUGGGAUAAUCACUGGGUUUAUUGGUUCGGACCAGGAGCGGGAGGAAUCAUUGCAGGUGUAGUGUAUGAUUUAAUAUUCAAUCCACAAAAAAGAAAAGCGACGAUAGACGAUUUGAAUGAUGACGAGAAUAUGUGUCAGAUACAAGUACCGCACAAAAUUAUUAGACCGGCUCUUUCCCCUCCAACGCUAUCUGCUGACUUAGAUUUGCCAGAGCCUUUGUAUGAAGGGAGUAGAUCGCUAUAUACCCGUUCACCAGUUUUGACCCGUGCAAAUUUAAGUCGUUCACAGUCAUUGUACCAUUCAAAAUCCACUCAUAACUUGCCACCUCGUGAUUACUUGCCAAGACCAGGGCCAUUAUUACCAGCACAAUCAUUAUAUCCACUGACAACGGCAGUUACAACAGUGUGUAAUGAUAGAGCAGAUAGAGCAGAUAGAGCAGAUAGGCCAGACAGGCAAAAUCAACAGAACCAACAGAGGCAAUAUGAACCUACGUACAGUGCUAGAACUUCAUCAACAGUUAAUGCUAGUGGCAUCCAUAAUGGGAUAUAUCCAAAAAGUAAUAGGUCAGAAACAUAUAGGCAACCACCGAAAGAUUCAGCAGAUGACCUUUAUGGAAUUUAUGGCAAUUCUCAAAAUAAAUCACAAAAUCAUCAUGGUAAUCAUUCAAGGAGUGAGUAUGUUUAUCGAUGGACACCACCAAAUUCAGUUAUGCACGAGUACUCAUAAACUUGUCAAUAAAUUAUUAUACCUAUGUACAGUUUGCUAUGUAAAUACUAAUUUCUAAAUUGUAAAUUAUUAAGUGUAAAUAUAUUUUAUGUAAAUAAAUACUAUGAUGGAAUUAAUAAAUUAAUAUUUUGUUUACUGUAAA